AUGCCUCGACGGAAGCGGAAGGGACGGGCAGUGAAGGCUGCUCGUCGAGGACAGCUGGGUUUAGGUGGAACGGGUCCAAGACGACAUAGAAGGGCUAAGAAGGAUGCGGAUGCUUUGGAUGAGCAGGAAAAGGCGAUGAAACAAAUCAGAGCAGCUGGAGCUGCAAAGGCUGUUGAAGCAGAGAAAGCUAAGCAACCACAUUCGUUCGUUAUUCAUCGAGGUAAAGUCGGGAAAUACGUCAGGAAUCUUGAGAGAGACAUUCGACAAAUCAUGGAUCCAUUCACUGCCAAGCAUUUGAUGACGUUGAAACGCAAUAAUAUCAAGGAUUUUGUUAUUCAUGGUGCCGUAUUGGGUGUAACUAACAUGAUUGUCUUGACCUCUAGCGAAUCCUCUCUGCAGUUGAGAAUGAUGCGUUUCAAUCAAGGUCCCACUCUUACUUUCCGAGUCCCAGAAUAUUCACUUUCUCGGCAUAUAUUAUCCACCCAAAAAAGGCCUUUGAUGCAUCAGAAACUUUUUGAAAAGCCGCCUCUUGUUGUCAUGAAUGGUUUCAAUCAGAGUGGCAAGAAACAUUUGUUGUUAGUAGAGACUUUUAUACAAAAUAUGUUUCCGUCUAUAAAUAUCGAUACGUGUUAUAUCACCUUGAUCACUUUGAUCACCUUGAUUCCCGUUGAUUUUCGAACUGGUCGAGCGGGCGCCAGUAAUUCUUCCAUUUGUCCCGAUCGCGUGCCAGAGUAG